GGGAAUUUUAGGGCGGCCACUAAACGGGAAUGUCUAAUCUGCAAGUUAGAUAAAAGUAGCUGUCCACAGGUUAAUGUGCGACAUAGCGAUAAUCGGAGAUUUAACAGCAGCGUGAACAGAUGGCACUAUCUGGAUGGGUUUGUGUGGUGACUGGUGCUUCCAGAGGAAUUGGAAGAGGCAUUGCUCUUCAGUUAUCUGAGGCUGGCGCCACUGUGUACAUCACUGGUCGACAGGAAAAAACUCUGAAGCAGACAGCCACUGAGGUGACACAGAGAGGAGGCAAGUGUCUGCCAGUGGUCUGUGACUCAUCCAAAGAGAACGAAAUUAAGGAGCUGUUUGAACGUGUCCAGCGUGAGCAAAAUGGAAGGCUUGACAUCUUGGUGAAUAAUGCUUAUGCUGGUGUACAGGUUAUUUUUGAAAACAUGGGAAAGAAGUUCUGGGAGGUGGAUCCAGGUAUUUGGGAUACCAUCAACAACACAGGACUCAGGGGGCACUAUUUCUGCUCAGUGUAUGGUGCAAGAAUGAUGGUGGCUCAGGGCAAAGGCUUGAUUGUGUUCAUAUCAUCCAUGGGUGGUUUACGCUAUGUUUUUAAUGUAGCCUAUGGGGUCGGCAAGGCUGCGUGUGACAGAAUGGCAGCAGAUACAGCAAUAGAGCUGAACAAGAGAGGUGUAGCUUCUAUAAGUCUUUGGCCAGGGGCAGUUCAAACUGAGUUAGUUUCUCAGUUUCUAUCUCAGGAUGACGAAAUUCCAGGUUUUGACCCCAAAUUCAAGAAAGUUUUCCAGAAUGGCGAGACAACGGAGCUUAGUGGGAGAUGCAUAGUUGAGCUGGCCAAAGAUACAAAUCUCAUGUCUAUGACUGGGAAAGUGUUGAUGACCUGUGACCUGGCACGACGUUAUGGAUUAAAGGAUGUGGAUGGUCGCAGUGUAGCGGACUUCACCUCUCUGAAGUUCAUUCUUUCCCAGGUACCCUAUGUGUCCUGGCUAUCCAUAAUCACUCCCUCAUUCAUUAGAGUGCCUCGCUUCAUGCUGAGUCUUGCCAGUGGCAAAUUCUGACAUGCUUCAGUGCAGAGACGAUGCCUAAGGGAGAUUUGUGUCUCUCUUUUUUGUAAUCAUGUCAUACUCAAUAUGCAGUUAUUAUGGAGAGGGGCCAUAUUGCAUACUAGAUGAGGAAACUUAAAAAAUGUUUCAGAAACAAGGCUAGUCUUAUUUAACACAUCUACAGUUCAUGUGUCCUGUAAUUUUAAGCAUUUGUCACUAAAGGUAGUCCAUGUAAUAUCAGUCUUUACAAUUUGCAUGAUACAGUAUGCUACCAAAAAUGAGUGAAUGACAAUUAGGCCUUAUAUGCAGUUAGAAGAGUUUUAGUGUAGUUGCUGAGCACAUUUUAAUGAGCACAUUUAUGUUUAUACAACCCAUUCCAUUGUUUUCCAAAAAUGUACAAUUCCUUAUAAUACAUACUGGCUUUAAUUUGAAAUGGAAUAUCUGAAUGUAUAGUUACUAAACAAGUUAUUUCAAUAAAUAUUAACAUUUAUA